UCCAGUCCCAAAGUCUCCAAGGAAGGGGCCGUGGGAGCGCACCGCCAAGAUGGACUAGCGCGCCAGCCUUUCUUCCCCCAGCGUCGCCCUUGUUGUCGCGGGCGGCCAAAGCCGGAGCGUCCUCCCGCCCGCCCGUCCUCCCGCUGGGGCUCGCCCGCCCGCCCGCCCGCCAGCCGGCUCGCUUCCUUGCUUGCUCGCGGCUCGGCGUGGACGCGCGCGGGGGGUCCCUUCGCCGAGCAUGGAUGAUCCAAGCAGGCUGAUCCAAGUGCGGGGGGCGGUGGGGAUCCCAGGGCACCCCCCCGUCCAGGGGGUCCAAGCCAUGACCCCCCACGCUCUUCUCGAGCCCCCUUCGGAUAACGGAGAGCCCCGGAAGCAAGAUAUCGGCGACAUCCUCCAGCAGAUCAUGACCAUCACCGAUCAGAGCCUGGACGAAGCGCAAGCAAAUUUCAACUGCAGGAAGCACACGCUGAAUUGUCACCGCAUGAAGCCGGCUCUCUUCACUGUCCUCUGCGAAAUCAAAGAAAAAACAGGGCUGAGCAUCCGGAGUUCGCAAGAGGAAGAGCCGGUGGACCCGCAGUUGAUGCGCCUGGAUAACAUGCUCUUGGCCGAGGGGGUGGCUGGACCCGAAAAAGGGGGUGGCUCAGCAGCGGCAGCAGCAGCAGCGGCGGCGGCAGGAGGGGUGUCCCCCGACAACUCCAUCGAGCACUCGGAUUACCGCAAUAAGCUUUCGCAGAUCCGCCAGAUCUACCAUUCGGAGCUGGAAAAGUACGAGCAGGCCUGCAAUGAGUUCACAACCCACGUGAUGAAUUUGCUUCGAGAGCAAAGCCGCACACGCCCGGUGUCGCCUAAGGAGAUUGAACGCAUGGUCAGCAUCAUCCAUCGGAAGUUCAGCUCUAUCCAGAUGCAGCUGAAGCAGAGCACGUGUGAAGCUGUCAUGAUCCUGCGUUCCCGCUUCCUGGAUGCCAGGCGGAAGCGACGCAAUUUCAGCAAACAAGCCACCGAGGUCCUGAAUGAAUAUUUCUACUCCCACCUGAGCAACCCAUAUCCCAGCGAGGAGGCGAAGGAGGAGCUUGCCAAGAAAUGCGGCAUCACCGUCUCGCAGGUCUCAAACUGGUUCGGGAACAAGCGCAUCCGCUAUAAGAAGAACAUCGGCAAGUUCCAAGAGGAAGCCAAUAUUUACGCCGUGAAAACGGCGGUCAGCGCCGCACAGAGCGGGGGCGACUCUCCCAACACCCCCUCCUCCGCGGGCUCCGGGGGCUCCUUCAAUCUGUCCAAUUCGGGGGAUAUGUUCAUGGGCCUUCAGGGGCUAAACGGAGACUCCUAUUCUACAUCACAGGUGGAGUCGAUGCGUCACUCCAUGGGGCCUGGUGGCUAUGGGGACAAUAUGGCUGCCAGCCAGAUGUACAGCCCACGAGAAAUGAGGGCCAACGGCGGCUGGCAGGAAGCAGCCACUCCUUCUUCCGUCACCUCCCCAACAGAAGGUCCCGGCAGCGUCCACUCUGACACCUCCAACUGAUCGUGUUGUGCUGGUCGUCCCCCCCCCCCCACUUUUCACGUUCGUCCUGAUGUCAGGGAAGAGAAAAAUGCCAGCGGUGAAUAGGCUGGGCAGAGACAAGACUCUUUUCACGGCCUUAGGGUCACCGCAUCACCGUGCCGGGGAAGGGUGGGGAGGGGAUCCGAUGACGCAGUGAUCCUUGGGGCAGACCGCUCGAGAUGCACCCAUUGGGUAAGAAGAUGGUCGUCCUUCUGUGAUCCUAAAUGACAUCUUUGGUAACCAAGACAUGACUCUUAAGCAUCCUGGAGGGGACCCAGCGUGGUGACAUUAUUGGGAGGUGGGUGGGGAAUGGGUGGGAGGUGCCGUCCCAAAUGGCUUGUCGAUUUGCAGGGGUCAAGGGAUAAGCUACGGUGGUACCUGCAACCAAGUGUCAUCCUUUGAUGGAUCGGUUUCAUAGGUUAUACCCGCACCGAAGGAUCACUACGAUGGCAGCGUGGAUGGAUUUCUUGUAAGAGAAGGUGCAAAGGAAGCUGCCAGAUGGCGCUUAGGUUGGCAUCUCUCCAUGAUGGGAUGAUUCCAAAGAGGGAUAGACAAGGGUGUCUUCCUGUCGAGUGUACCCAGGUGAAACCAUUGGCAAUCCGGAUCCUGUCCUAGACCCAAGAUGGCACUUCCUUCCUGUGCUGUAAUCAAGGAGAGUAGCUUCUCCUAUGGAAUAUUUCGGGGGGGGGGGGGACAAGAAGUGCUCUUUUGCUGUCCUGUCUUGCAAGCGGAUUGUGUGGAUUCACAAAGUUACCCUUCUUGGACUGAACCGCCCGACAUGCCUUUCUGUACGAGUAGUUUUCCUGAAUCCGAAGAUCUAAGUUGGGAAUUCAUCUGUAUCGGAAAGCGGAUGUUUCUCAGGAAGAUCUCCUUAAAGAAAAGGUGUGGGGAGCCAAGAUGUCGAUGAGGUUGGAGAUAAGACUUCACCUUUAUCCAAAGGUGGCGGUGGGGGGGGUGGGGAGAAGGGAACUGGUCCAUCACUUGUGCACGUUGAGCUCCAGCCAGCUGCUCGCGGGGUCCAUUUCUGAACAGGCCAUGCCCCCAGUGUGUUGGGGAACCUUUGCAUUAGAGCAGUUAAAGGUUUUGAGGAAGGAAAACUAGUAUUGAGCAAAAUAUUAGGGAGGGCUGGAUGUUGUAGAACAGGGUUUUUCAAACAGUUGAGUGGAACCCUAAGAUGCUAUGAGAAAUUGGUAGGGUUCCAUAAAGCGGGGAGAGGGGGGGAAGAAUAACAAUAAAAUAACAGUUGGAAGGGAGCUUGAAGGUCUUCUAGUCCAACCCCCCCUAUUCAAGCAGGAGACCAUUUCAGAUAAAUGGUUGCCCAUUCUCUUCUUAAAA